CCUGCGUGUUACGUUUUGCGCUAUUGUUUAACAAAUCUUUAACGCCUGUAAUUUGCCGAUUACUUUUUUGUUUCCAGUUCACGAGUGUAUUUACUUUGUCUCUUUGAAAUCGUGGGAAUGGUUGCACAAGCUUAGAACGGGUUCCUUGUUUUCCUGCGUUUGUAGUUUUUCUGGUUUUUAUGUUAUGAGAUUGAUACUGUGCGGAUGUAAUUUUAUAUAUCCGGAGAGUAUCGUUUUAUUCCAAAAAAAGAGAGAGAAAAAGGGAAAAGGGGAAAAUGGGUAUUGCAACGAGAAACGGAUCAUUUUCUGAGUACAUGUAACGUCGGCUAUACGUGUAUGUAUAUUUAGGUUGCAUCGAUCGAUACCUACCGUGCUGCAACAUGUCCGUUAGCCGUGCCCCAAAAGCAAGCUAAUGUUUUCAGCUCAACUAGUAGCGGGAGUUCCUUUCGAGUAUACUCUGCUCGACCAAAGUUUUCGAUGUACCUUUAUCCAACGUGUAUAAGUCUAUGAUACGUAUUUAAUGGCCGUUGCUGAUAAUGGCCUUGACAGCUAUUAUAAGCUCGGGCCAACUUUUACAUGAAAAACUUUUUUCUUUCUUUUCAUCGAUGUAACAACGCAGUUUGCGUUUCUUCUCUGAUCAUUGAAUAAUAAUUGCGAUGAUGAUAGUCGUAAGUAAUAAUGAUAAUGACUUGGAAGAUGGAGAAAUUCCAUCCGAUGAAGACGAUGAGCCAGUACCACCACCACCGGUAAAAGAUGACGAUGCUGUUAAAAAUGUAUCGAAAGCAGAUACAUCAAAGAGCAAAACCUUUGAUUCUAAGUUUAGUAAAAAUAAGAAACCUAGUAUUCAAGGAAGUAGUAAACAUGACAGAUUUUCCAAAUAUAAAAAUGUAACGGAAGAUUGGGCUGGGGAUGUUGAGAAAGCUAUUAGGGCAGCUUUAGAGGAAGAUGGUGCUAGAAAUCAAGAUUCUAAGGCUAAGAGUAAAAAUAAUAGGAAUAAGAGUAGGAAAAGGCUUCGUGAUGAAAGGGAAGAAGACCGUAACAAGGAUCAGAAGAGAAGGAAGGUGAGCGAUGAUGAAAAUGUUAACGAUGAUGAGGAUGAAAUGUUAUUUGUUAGGGGUGCUUCACCUGUUAGAAAAGAUGCACAAGAAAAUAAUUCUCCAAGACAUGCCAAUGAUCACGAGAAUUUUGAUAGUAAUUCAGAUUACGAUGACAGGCCUAAUGUAAAUCGACAUAGGGAUAAUGAUACUAAACGCGGAAACACAAGGGGAGGAGGAGGAGGAGGACGAAGAGGUGGUAAAAACGAAAGAGGCGGAAAGAACAAAGCUAGGGGACAAAUGAGAAAUGAUAGAAAUGGUCGAAGAAAUCAGAAUAAUGAUCACAAUCAAGAUCCAGACGCUAUAUGCGUUUAUUAUAUGCAAGGAAAAUGUCACAGAGGAGAUGAUUGUCCUUUCUCACACAAUGCAUUACCACCUAGAAAAAUGGAACUAUGUAAAUUUUAUCUUAUGGAUUGCUGUGCAAAGAGAGAUAAAUGUUUAUACAUGCAUCAUGAUUUCCCAUGUAAAUUUUUCCACACAGGAUUAAAAUGCAUUCAAGGGGAUAAUUGUAAAUUUUCUCAUCAGCCGCUAAGUGAACAGGUGAAAGGAAUCUUGUUGAAACAUUUAGAAACAGCGCCAAAAGAGAUUCUCGGCGACUUUCCACGUUUAAGUAGGGAAGGAGCAAUGUUAAUGAUAAAUAAUACAGCAAGAACACUAGCCCAGGGUCAGGACAUGAUAAAUCAAAAAAUUCCAAGUCUUUUUGAUUUAAAUGUACCUGCGCCCACUAGUAUUACAGAUAAAAAUAAUGAAAAAGACGAGAAAGAAGAUCAGGUAUCUCAACAGAAAAGUGUCAGAGAAAGGAAGCCAUCCGGUAAAAAGACUCGAUGGGGUUCAGACGAAGAUAGAGUUCCAUACGAACAAAUUAUGUUACUCCAGUCAGCCAAUGAAUUUGGACUACAACUACCCAAUGCUGCAUUGGGUUUAGCAACUCAGCAACAACUACACUCAAAACCACUGAUUCCACAGACUAUGCCAACCAUGGAUUUCUACACAGAAGCUAAUUCUGAAAUGAAUAAAGCUAAUUUAAACAAACGCGAUAGAGAAGAUUUUACAAAAGACGUAGAAGAAGAUGAAAUUUUAGAGCAGGCAAAGAAGAAAGAUUCUUCGAUACUUGAGAAUUCAAAGGACAUAGAUUUAAGACAACUAUUGAAAACCGCGAAGAAGCCUCCACCCGUCGUUAGCAUAGCCGAUGAAGUAGCAAAUCUUACUAAAUCCAAGAUCGACGAAGAAAGUGAUCAGGACGAAGAAACUGACCUUGUUAUAGAAGUACCCAUCGAGGAGGAAGAUAAACAGAAAGAUAAAAGUACCGAUCAAGAAGAAACGUGUGUCCCAAGCGAACAAAGCAACAAUAACAGUGCUUCUUCGCCCCGUACGGAGGAACAGGAAGUACCGUCUCACUUACCGAAGAAAGCACAGGAAUUGUUCAUGCGUAUUCAACAGCAGCAGCGUGCAGCUCAAGACAGCUUCAAAAACAUGGAGAACGAGUGUUCCACGCAAAACACAGAUCAAAUACUGGAAGACUGGUACUCGGAUGACGAGGACGACGACGACGACGACGAGGGCGGCAAUCUGACCAUAGUACUGCCCAAUAAGGAUUCAUCGAAAGAGGAGAAUGAAUUCUCAGAAAAGACACAGAACGUUAGCAUCAAAGAGGAGUUCCAACAGUCGACCUCGAUGCCCAGUAUACCUCAGCCAGCAGCCAUUGUUGACAAACUUGGCGACUUGAGCAAAAUCGACAUCAGUGCUGAAGUGUCGAAACUGUUAUCAUCCCUCAAGGCGCGCAGUUCACCGAGCGGAAAGUCGAGUCAACAGAGCGCUAAUGGCCAGGAAAAUAUUAUGAAAGACAAAUCUUCGCCGGACAGAGGAUCAUCGGACGAAUCUAGCGCGCAAGGCAAAGCCGCGUUUGGUGGUUCCAGUCAGCUGUUAAAAGUCGAACAGGAAACGUCGAGUCCGCGAUCCUCUCCUGGAACGAGUUCCGCGCCUAUGUCCAGGGAUCCUCGCAUGUCUCGGGAUCCCAGACAACGCAGAGACGAACAGAAACCGAGCAGCCCUAGUAGAUCGGAAUGCAAGAAGGAGAGCAAACCUCUCCGACUGGAAACGAGCAUCUACAGUUCCGGCAUCACUGCGGUCGACACUAAUAUGGAUACUGAUCUUCGCACUAAGACAGAUCAGGAUCUGAGAAGGAAAGACAUGGAUUUCAGACAACGGUUCCAAACUGGAUUCGGAGACACCGAUCUACGAGUUGUCGGGGCAAGCUUCACGGAUGCCUCGACCAAAUCCGACGUUGAUUUACGGCAAAUGUUGAGUUUACCGUUUAAGCCGGCACCGUCUCACGUACCCUGCACGGAAAUCGAUGCUAGCAUUUCGUCGCAUCCUCCGAUGACCUACAAAGUGUAUGUCGUGGAUAUACCGAGACCAGAUUACACAGGUCUGAAGCUCACUAAAAAUGAUGCCCAGGUGAAAUAUGAUCCCCGUUUAAGAAAAAUCUUUAGAAUCGGUAAAGUUGAACUAGCCGAUUCUCCUAUGUCUCCACCCCCGGUGAAACCGGACACUCCAAAGUCACCCCCACAGGUUCGAUCUGAUCCACGCCGAAAAGCUCUCGAGGCUUCCAAUUUAUCUUCUCAGAAUAUCAAUGCUUCCAUGAUGAAAACUGUGCAGCAACCGUCGAUAGAGAUGCCCAACAUUGGGAUGACCCCUGCUGGCAUGCCUGUCCCUCAACCCAUGUCCGGCCCGCAGGGCAUGCAAGGUGGACAGAGUAUGAUGCCCAUGGGUCCGAAUCCAAUGCUUGGGAACAUGGGCCCAAUGGGACCUAUGAUGAAUACACCGCCAAUGGGUCCUCAGAACAUGGCACCGAUAGGCAUGACAGGCAUGCCUAACAUGCCACCAGGUAUGCCCAUCAAUGGACCUGUUGUACCUCAAAAUCAGAUGAACUUUGAUCCGCGUUUCAAUGUUCAACGUAACAAUGGUGCUGGUCUGUUAGGUCCAGCGCCCGGUGUAGGUUUCGGACCGGAAGUCAAUCCUUCGUACGACGGUGCAGCUUCUUAUUCUGGUAAUAAUUUUAAUAACUUUGGUCCUGGCCCUGGCCCCGGUCCCGGGCCGGUGCCACCGGAUUCCGGUAUGAUGGGGUUCAAUCCGAACGGUCCGAAUCCAAACUUCGGCAUGGACGGGCCAGAGUGGAACGGGGCGAACCAAAAUAGGCGCGGUGGUCGAAUCAGAAGACGACAUCGCAACAGGACCAAUAUUGUGACUAAUAAUUAAAGCAAUAAGCAAUCUUUUGAGUAGGUACACAAUCGAAGUACCUGGUGAUAAUUCUCAUUCUAAUUUAAAUUUGUACAGCGUGCAUUGUGUGUCGAUACAAUGCAUUUAAUCACGGUGGUCCAGAUUAAUUGUCUUGAUCUUGUCAAUUGUACAUGGUGUCAAAUGCUCGCUAGUGAUUUAAAUAGCAGGUUAAGAAUUUAAAUGGAAUCAAGAAUUAAUUGAAAGAAAGAAAGAAAAAAAAAUUGUAAAUGACUUAUACACUCAAGCAUUUGUUAAGUAUGCAUAAACGAUGUGAAUAAUGCUCAUAAUCACGCAACAUUCUAUAUUUUAUUUAAAAGUAUAGAUCAUGUUCUAUAUGGAAAAAGGAAAAAUAUUGUAUACAGAAUGCAUCUACUAAAACUAUUGGUUAUAGAAAAUUAUUUCGUUGAAGAGACGUAUCUGUAUAUAUCGAGUAUCAUCACCCAUUUGAAAAGACAUUUAACGGAUAAGGGGCGACACGAGUUAAAGGUCGUUUAAUUAUACAAAUUGAUUUAUAUUUUUUUUAUGUCUUCCAUGUGUAGUACAUAAUACUAAUGCAUCGUAUAUGAUUCGUACGCUCACUAUAGUGUUGGGUUCUAGAGUAGAAUAUAGAUUUUAUUGAACUACGUUGAAAACAAUGAAUGAAUGAAAAUUAUCAAUCACUGAACGGCUUAAGCCUCGAUUAAACAUUGAAAGAUCAAUUAAGUGACUUGUUUAUUAUUAAUAUUGUUGCAAAAUCCUGCCUUCGAAGCAGCAGCUUCCUUCGGUUUUGGAGAAAUUACAGGUUUCACUUUUAUUGAAAGGCUUCGCCCGAAGCUAACGCCAUGUCAAAGAGCAAGAUAUAACAGUGACAGCGUCCGUUGUCAAGAUAAAAAAAAUAUAAAAAUAUUGGAAUUGUUCUCUUCGAGCAAUCAAGAUGUACAUCCACUUUGUAUGUCGAUGCGAUGUACUUGAUUACAUGGAGAGAGGAGAGAGAGAGAGAGAGAGGGAGAGAGACAGGAUCUUUUGUGAUCCUUCAGAUUUUUAAUGGCAGCGUUCACCAUUUCAGAUGAGAAGACUUGCUCUUCGAUGAUUUCGCAGAUUUCGAUUUGUUAAUGUUAAUCAAUGCGAAAUUGCAAUAUUCUGUAAAAAAAUUAAUGUAUUUAUAAGAGUUUUGAAAACAGUUGUACAUGGACAUACUUUUUUACUUGCCUGAGUAUUAAAGGAUUCAGAGAAGGGGGUACAGAACAAAUUUUUUCUUUGGAAUUUUUCUAGGCAUUGGAACUGAAAAAUAUUGAAAUAUUAAUAACUCCUGUAAUAAUCUAGGUUUUACACUGCUAGCGAAGUAUACCCAGUAAUUACAUUUAUCAGUUUUAUGGUACCUCCGUACGUUCCACGUUAAUGUUAAACACGUUCAUCUGCUGAUAUGCAGAUUAAAAGUACUUCCCUUUCGAGAAAUAAUAUUAGAUACAGAUUAUAUUUAAAUUUAAAAGAUUAUUCAGUGUCCAGUGUUAGCUUACCAGUUAUAAUAAUUUUCUUUACUAUUAUUAAUAUGAUUACUAUGAUUAUGAUUAUUAUUAUUAUUAUUAUUAUUAUUAUUACUAUGAAAUCAUAAAGCAAAUUACAUUUGUAAAAAAUAAAGUUUACUAUUAUAUAGUAAAACUUUUUUUGUACAAUUUAAUUAUUGAUUCUAAUAAGAUCAUUUAUAGUUUGUUUUAAUAUUGUAAAUAAUGCUGUAUUUCUGCAGUGCACUUCUUAAAAUACAAGUACAUCUAAAUAUGGAUAUAAAAGGUGACAAGUUUUUAUAUAAUAUACAACCUAUAUAAGAAAUUGUACUUUCAUUUGACUAUCGUUUACAUUAUUACAGAUUCUUAUUAAAUUAUUAUUAUUAUUAUUAUUAUUAUUAUUAUUAUUAUUAUUGUUAUUGGUCUUUAUCCAAUAAUAAUUAUAUUUAAAAGCAUAUAUUCAAUUAAUGUACAAUAGAACUUAAAGGAUCAGCUCUUAUAGCUGACAGAUCCAAACGUGCAUCCAUUUCAUCAUCCAAUUCUCCUACAAUUGCCCUGAAAAGGAAAGAAAUAUAGAGAAUAUUAUUACAUUUUUGUUAAUCAUAAUUAUAAGCAUUUA